CAUCACUCCAACUCCAGCCUCCACAACAACAACAACACUUGAAUCAACUCUCGUCCAUCCUCCCCCCUGCCGCUACAUUCUUUCCCUCCCCACUUCCACUUUCAACAUGGCGUGGUUCGAUGAUUCAUGGGAUGUCCAAGAGUCCGACGUCGGUUCAGUCGAGAAAUACGGAGAUGCCGUCAAAGAAGCAAUCGCUCUCUUGGCCAAGUUCAAGUCUGAAGCCAAGACUGUUCACGAUCUCUUGAAACACCUCUCAGAAGCGGCCGGCGAGAUUGAGACUUUGGAGAAGCAACUUGCCGCUGCCAAUGAGACCAUCAGCCAACUGAAGGAGGCCCCCGAGGAGGCCGAGGCCGAGACACCGGCUGAAGCUGUCGUCGAUACGCCUGUUGAGGAGCCCGCUGAAGCCGCACCUCCUGCAGAAGAGGAGGAUAAGCCUGUUGAGGCAACACCCCCUGCAGAGGAGGAGGAUAAGCCUGCCGAAGCCGCACCAUCUGCAGAAGAGGACAAGUCCACCGACGCAACAUCCGCCUCAGAGGACGACAAGUCUGCGGAAGCCGCACCUCCUGCAGAGGAGGAUAAGGCACCGGUAGAGGCUAUUGUUGAUACGCCAACUGAAGCUGUUGUCGAGGCCGCCGAAGUCGAACCCGAGGCUCCGAAGGAGAGUGACGAGGAGAGUGACAAGGCCGUCGAAAUUAAACCCCCAGCGGAGGCGACCGUUGAGGUUGCCGAAAUCAAGCCCGAAGCCCCGAAGGAUAGUGAGGAGGCUGCCGAAGUCGAACCCGAGGCUCCGAAGGAUAGUGAGGAGGCUGCCGAAGUCGAACCCGAGGCUCCGAAGGAGAGUGACAAAGCUGCCGUCGUCGAACCGGAGGUGACUAAGGAAAGUAACAAAACCGUUGAAGUUGUCGAACCCGAGGCGGCUAAGGAGAGUGAGCCCGACGCUCCUGAGAAGAUUAUUGAGCCGGCGGCUCCUAAGGAGACUGAGCCCGAGGCGGCCAAGGAGAUUGAGAAAGCUGCCGGCGUUGAACCUCUGGCCGCGGAGACUGUCGAGGCCGCUGAAGUUGCACCUGAGGAAUUUGUGAAGGUUGAGAAGCCGACCGAGAGUGAAAACACUGAGGCCCCUAUCGAAGUUGAGAAGCCUGCUGAGGUUGAGCCCAAGGCGACGGAGCCCGAGGUGAAGUAAAGUAGUUUGCUGAGCAAACUCACACCAAGCGGUUGCCCUUAAACAAUUAAGGAACAUCCAGUGGUGUUGUUCGCAUCAAUGGUGGCUCUUGGGGACUGGCCAAGAUCACCAGCCCAGUCUUAUCUCAACGUCUGUUGGACGACGCCAAAACAAGGUUUUGGGUCUUGGACGAGUUUACGAUUCACGAUAUGGAGGCCAGUUCGCAUAACGGUCUGACGGUUGCUAGUCGAAGGCAGAAAAGGGUCCUGGUAGAUCCAUGGUCUAGCUUAGAGGCGAGUCUGGGGACUUUGACUACGGCUCUUCGAGCGUUUGUGUGAUUUGGUUGAGGAGGAUAGGUGCCCAAAAUGUUGUACUAGAUACCAUAGCUCCCCAAAUUUUGUCUCGUGGUUUUUUUUUUUUAUGA